UUACAUACCUAUAGAACCAAAAGCAUAUACAGAGAUUAGAUUGAGAAGAUCCUUUUCCUCCUCCUACUGCGAACAAGUAAUCUCUUUAUCUCUCUCACACUCUCUCACUAUAUCUCAUAUGACAAGAUAAGCUUUCUCUCACCUACCCCAAGAAAAAAGUGAAGCGUUAGGGUUUUGAAGAUCUGUUUGGGGAUUUUGAUGGAAAACGGGGUUGGAAAUGUUGAUGGGUCUUAUUUGGGGGAGAAGAGAGAUGUGAUAGACGAGGUUUUGGAGUCGAGAGUAGAGGAAAGGACUGCAUGUGCGUCCGAUGAUAUGAAGGAUUCAGAAGGGGAAGAAGUUUUUGCGAUGGCAAUGGAGACAGAGAUGCCAAGAGUUGAUUCGAAGGAUGUUAUUUUAAAUGAAGAUGGGAAUGGUGAGAAGGUUGAGAAUCCGGCUAGCUCUUUGGGGGUUGACGAGAGGUCAAAUGAGGUUGAAGUUGAGAAUUUUGAAGAGGCAAUAGGGAUUCCCAGUGAGACUGCAACGGUGAAGGUGAUUGAUGAGCAAAUUGCCAUAGAGAAAGUUGUAAGGGAUGAAUUGAAUGGUUUAAGGAAUGAUGAAUUGGUGGGUAAUGAAGAAAACGGGGGGAAUGAUGUAGCUGAUGUUGGUGGUAUCGAUGAUACAGAAAUUUCACAAGAUGGUGAUUUGGUAGAUGAAAGUUCUGGUGAAGUUCUUGAGAAAUCUGAAAAGGGUAUUUCAGUUAAUGAGAAUUUGAAGAGAGGAUUGGUUCAUGACAACUCAGAAAGCAGAGAUACAAAUGAUGAGGUAGCAUAUGUUCAUGCAGUACCAGAGAAUGGAGAUGCCAACGAGGUGGGUGCAGUUAACUGUAAUUCUCAUCAAAAGGUUGAAUCCAAUGGUGAGCUUUUGCAUCAAUCUGAGGAAGUGAAAGAAACUUUGAGUAACUUGGAUAUUGUGCAUCAAGAUGACAAGAGUGAGGAACUGGAAGACACUUCUGCUGGCCUUUAUUCUAAGCAGCAGGGUGAUAAGGUUGAGGAGCCAAAAGAUAAUUUAAUUCACUUCGAUAUGGUUUUGAAGGAUGACAGCUAUGAGGAACCAAAAGAAGGAGCUUCAGCUAGCCUUGGUCAAGGGCAUCUGGAUCUUACUUUUGAAGAACUGAAGGACACUUCAUCCAAUUUGGAUAUGGAAAGUCAAGAUGACGCCAUUAGCAAAAAGAAAGAUAAUUCAGCCUCUAUUAAUUCAGUGCAUCAUGUAGAAAGUCAUAAACCAGAAGAUAACCUAUGUGCUUCUGUGGAGGAAAGGACAAUAACUGUGGAUACUAAGAGCUUGCCUUCUUUAGAAGAUUCUGUGGCUGAUAACAGUGUGAAGAUUCAGCCUAGCGUAUCUGAUUCAGGAGCAGAAAAUUGUGAGGGUUCUCAAUCUCAGCAUGCUGAUGAAACAGUUGAAGUUUCCAAUGCUGUGUCCAAGGAUUCUGAACAGAAAAGACAAAAAGAUGAGGAGGUGAAGCAAAGUAUUCAGGGUAACAGAGACCAGGAGAUCAAGUCUGCAGCAGACAUAUCUUCAUCGUCUGGGAAGUCUACAAAUCCUGCUCCUGUUCCUGCUCGUCCUGCUGGCCUUGGGCGUGCUGCUCCGCUGUUGGAACCUGCUCCUCGAGUAGUGCAGCAGAAUCGGGUGAAUGGAACAGCAACCCAGAUGCAAAACCAACUCAUUGAAGACCCUACGAAUGGUGAGACCGAGGAAAAUGAUGAAACCCGUGAGAAACUCCAGAUGAUCCGUGUGAAAUUUUUGCGUCUUGCUCAUAGGCUUGGGCAAACUCCCCAUAAUGUUGUUGUAGCUCAAGUCUUGUACAGACUAGGAUUAGCUGAACAGCUGCGAGGGAGAACUGGUGGUCGUGUUGCUGCCUUUAGCUUUGACCGUGCAAGUGCGAUGGCAGAGCAGCUGGAGGCUGCUGGACAGGAACCUCUUGAUUUCUCUUGCACAAUCAUGGUUCUUGGAAAAACAGGAGUUGGUAAAAGUGCAACUAUCAACUCAAUAUUUGAUGAAGUUAAGUUUGGAACCGAUGCUUUUCAGUCAGGUACGAAGAAGGUUCAGGAUGUUGUGGGAACUGUGCAGGGAAUUAAGGUACGGGUCAUUGACACACCAGGCCUUCUACCUUCUUGGUCAGACCAGCGUCAGAAUGAGAAAAUCCUCCACUCAGUUAAGCGGUUUAUCAAGAAAACACCCCCGGAUAUUGUCUUGUAUCUUGAUAGGUUGGACAUGCAGAGCAGGGAUUUUUGUGACAUGCCUCUAUUGCGUACAAUCACCGAUAUAUUUGGACCGUCAAUAUGGUUUAAUGCCAUUGUGGUUCUGACUCAUGCUGCAUCUGCUCCACCCGAAGGCCCAAAUGGUACUGCUACUAGUUAUGAUAUGUUUGUCACUCAACGGUCUCAUGUCGUCCAGCAAGCAAUUCGUCAGGCAGCUGGGGAUAUGCGGCUCAUGAAUCCCGUUUCUUUAGUGGAGAACCACUCAGCAUGCAGGACAAACAGGGCUGGACAGAGAGUGUUGCCCAAUGGUCAGGUUUGGAAGCCUCACUUGUUAUUGUUAUCCUUUGCAUCAAAGAUUUUGGCUGAAGCAAAUACCCUUCUAAAGUUGCAAGAUAGUCCACCUGGAAAGCCUUUUGCCACUCGAACUAGAGCACCGCCUUUACCUUUCCUCCUUUCCUCCCUUCUCCAAUCAAGACCACAGCUGAAACUGCCAGAGGAGCAGUUUGCUGAUGAUGACAAUUUAGAUGAUGAUUUGGAUGAGUCAUCAGAUUCAGAUACUGAAUCUGAAUAUGAUGAACUGCCACCAUUUAAACGGUUGACCAAGGCCCAGCUAGCAAAGCUCAAUAAAGCGCAGAGGAAGGCAUAUUAUGAUGAACUGGAAUAUAGGGAAAAACUUUUUAUGAAGAAGCAGUUGAAAGAAGAGAAAAAGCGGAGGAAGAUGAUGAAGGAAAUGGCGGCUGCAGUUAAGGAUUUGCCAAGUGACUACAGAGAGAAUGUAGAAGAAGAAAGCGGAGCUGCAUCAUCUGUGCCAGUUCCCAUGCCAGAUUUGCCCCUACCUGCUUCUUUUGAUUCUGAGAAUCCUACUCACAGGUAUCGGUAUCUUGAUUCUUCCAACCAGUGGCUUGUGAGGCCUGAUCUAGAACCUCAUGGCUGGGAUCAUGACGUUGGUUAUGACGGCAUAAGUGUGGAAAGAUUGUUUGUGGUUAAAGACAAGAUACCUGUAUCUUUUUCUGGCCAGGUUACAAAGGAUAAGAAGGACGCCAAUCUCCAUAUGGAAUUAGCCAGUUCAGUGAAGCACGGGAAAGGGAAAGCAACUUCUUUAGGUAUUGAUAUGCAGACUGUUGGGAAAGACAUUGCUUACACUGUACGCAGCGAGACAAGGUUUAGUAAUUAUAGGCAAAAUAAGGCUACAGCUGGUAUUUCAGCAACUGUCUUGGGUGAUGCCCUAACGGCUGGGGUGAAAGUUGAGGACAAAUUAAUUGUUAAGAAACGACUCCAUGUGGUUAUGUCUGGGGGUGCUGUUGCUGGUCGCGGUGACGUUGCUUAUGGUGGCAGUUUGGAGGCCACUUUGAGAGACAGAGACCAUCCUCUGGGCCGUUCACUGUCGACUUUUGGGCUCUCUAUCAUGGAUUGGCAUGGGGAUCUUGCUAUUGGAUGGAAUAUUCAGUCUCAGAUUCCUGUUGGACGCUUUACAAAUUUGAUUGGCCGAAUCAAUGUUAAUAACAGGGGUACAGGACAAGUCAGUAUUCGCUUGAAUAGCUCAGAACAACUUCAAAUAGCUUUAAUAGGCCUCAUUCCUCUACUCAGAAAGGUACUUGGUUAUCCUCAAGAGUUGCAGUUUGGACAACGAUGAAAUUUAGGUUAUACAUGCUGCACCAGCCAUGCGGUAGUAGGAAACCACUUUUUAGACUUCUAAAAUGUGGCCAUCUCUUUAUUGUCUGCGUCAAAUGUGAGUCAACGAUGCUGCUGAUUUCUUUACAAAGCCGUCUACGCCUUUCUUUGAUUAUAGUGAUUGUAGUAUCCUUGCUAGAUAUUUGCAUUUGGUGACUUUUGUUCCCUUCAAGCUUAAUAUGGACCAAGUUUUGCUUCUUGUUUAAA